AUGACUAAAUCACUGCGCGGGUCUUCACUCCCUCAGGCCCGCUCAUACCAUCAUAAUCAUUACCACUUACACAAUCAACGCGCAGCCACCCCCGAGAAUGCUCAUCACCGCCAUCGCCAACUCGACGACGCUGACCCCAACCCGACGAAUCCCACCCCCGACGCCGCCACUUCGUCGAGCACCGCGGCACCGAGAAUCGUUGUCCAAACCGUCUCUCUCAUUGAAAUAGUCGAUGCCGCCGGCUCCCCGAUCCGAGUGCAGACCAUCAACCCAACUGCCGCCACCGUGGAUGCUCAAUCAACCAGCAGUACCGCCCUUGACUUGUCAAUUGCUGCGGUACCCUCAUCCACUUCGUCCCAUACCGACACUUCAUCGUCUUCCAGCACGACGAAUGACUCUGUGCCGUCGACGCCGGCGCCUACGACAUCCUCGUCUACCAACUCAUCCGCCAGUCAAGGUAUCUCCCUGACGUCCAAUCCUUUAUCAACUCCAGCUCCUUCGGAAGCCGCGCCGUCACUCUACCCUACGUUGAGUGGCCAGUCAAACUCGACAAUUUCAUUCCUUACCUCAUCAAACUCUUCUUCAACCUCAGUCUCUACCAAAACCAGUUUAUCUAGCCAAUUUUCGUCUGGUACAACAAGUGUUACUUCUUCUAUACUUUCAUCGCUCUCAUCGACAACAUGGAGCUCUAACUCGUAUUCAACUUCGACCUCAACAUCGGCAUCAACUUCGACGUCGGGGUCCACCAGAUUGAGCACGUCUACCUUCGCUACGAGCGCCUCGCAAUCGUUUUCCAAUGAACCGACAGCUUCUGGAGAGGGAAACGCCGGCGGAAUCGGCGGCGGGGGAGCUGGGACAGCCACGCCCACUUCGACUCCCACGUCUGACAACUCUAGCGGCAGCGGCUCGCCAACACCAACCGGAACAGUCGUGGGCAGUGUUGUAGGAAGUUUGGCUGGAGCGGCGUUCCUGGUGGCGCUGGUCAUCCUUGCCCUUCGGUGGAAGAAGCGCUCGGGCGGACGGUUCCGCCUCAGCGAAGUCAGCGCCUGCAAACGAGGCAUCCUCACUGGUUCUGGCGGUCCGAAAGGUGGUGGCAACAGCAGUGGGAUGGUCCAACGGUCGUUGUCAUUUGAUCCCACCACAGCGGCCGCUGGCGCAGGAGCCGGAGCCGGAGCCGGAGCCGGCGCGAUGGCCGCGGCUCACAAACCUUCUUCGAGAAGGGCUAGCGAGCCUUCCGAAACCGGCGAGAGAGGAUUUGUCCGAGUAGCCGGCAGGAAACUGCCCUCUGUUCUGCAAGCCGGGGGCGACGGUUACACGGACCCACGUGAGGGCACCGCAGCCGCCGUAAAUGACGACGAAUCAGUCUACUUCCGCGACUCUCAAGCCUUUUUCGACCCCAACAGCCAAACAACACGCCUCGCGCUUGGCUCGCCCAUGAGGCCAGUCAGUGGUGUGGUGGUCCUCAAAGAGUCGCCGGCCCGAACGCCAGUGACGGAAUCGGCGCCAUUCCCGCCUCCGGCGGCGUCUCCGGAGACAAGUCCGCCGUUUAUCCCGUUACAGCCCCCGGGCCGGGACCCCAUCGGUCGGACUUUACCUUCGCAGGACGGGUCUCGGGGGUCUCGGGGUUCGGCUUCUAGGUUCCACGAAGACAUGUGA